AUGACGGGUACUCACAUAUCUGUGAAUUCAAUAGGUACAGCCUACGAUCAACGGGAUAUGCGUGUGAUGGGAAAGCUCCAGGAAUUGCGCCGAAAUUUCCGCUUCAUCUCCAUUCUAGGCUUUGCUUGUACGCUGAUGAGCACAUGGGAGAUCGUCCUCGCAUCGACAGCUUUUGCUCUGGAGAAUGGAGGUUCUGCAGGAUUGAUCUGGACUUUCGUGAUAGUUGUAGUGGGCUACUCCUUUGUCUUCGGGUCUUUGGCGGAGAUGGCUUCGAUGGCUCCUACUUCAGGAGGUCAAUAUCAUUGGGUAUCUGAGUUUGCGCCGAGAAGAUUCCAACGUUUGAUGAGCUAUAUGACUGGAUGGCUUUGCGUGUGGGGUUGGUUAAGCGGCAUUGCAGGAGUUUGCUUCUUCACAGCUCAAUUAAUCGAGGCCCUCAUCAUCCUCAACCAUCCUACGUUUGUUCCUCAGCCAUACCACGCGACACUCCUUAUCAUAGCUGUUGCUGCGUUCUCCAUCUUUUUCAAUACGUUUCUUGCUAAGAAGCUACCGCUUGUGGAGGCGAUCCUACUCCUCAUUCACAUUGCUGGCUUCUUCGCCAUCCUGAUCCCUCUUUGGACCCUAGCUCCACGAGCCAAUGCGAAAGACGUUUUUACGACCUUCAACAAUGGUGGAGGGUGGAAUAGUGAAGGAACAUCUGCACUAGUCGGUAUUCUAACUGCAGUCAUUUCAUUGACUGGUUCUGAUUCUGCCGCGCAUAUGUCCGAAGAAACAAAAGACGCGGGCGUCGUUCUUCCCCGAUCAAUUAUGUGGUCUAUUGUUGUCAACGGCUCUCUUGGGUUCAUCAUGCUAGUCACUUUCUGCUUCACUUUGGGUGAUCUUGACUCGAUCCUCCAAACACCUACCUACUCGCCUCUCGUCCAAGUGUUCUUCAACACCACGAACUCGUAUGCUGGCUCCAACGUCAUGACUGCAAUCAUUAUCAUCACUCUCAUCGCCUCAGCCAUCUCCACCAUCGCCACCUGCAGUCGCCAACUCUGGGCCUUCGCUCGUGACAAAGGACUUCCAUUUUCUUCCAUCUUGGCACACGUCUACCACGGUUGGGACAUCCCCCUAAACGCCAUCUUCAUGAGCUUCAUAGUCACCGCCAUCCUCUCACUCAUCAACCUCGGCAGCACAGUCGCAAUCCAAGCCGUCGCCUCUCUCUCCGCCUCAAUGCUCCUAACCUCCUACAUGGUCUCAAUCUCCACCCUUCUUCUCCGACGUUACACAGGCCCUAACCUGCCCACCCGUCGCUGGUCUCUUGGUCGCUGGGGAGCGGUAGUUAACAUUGUUGCUUUGUGCUUUUUGAGUGUUUUCUGGAUUUUCUCGUUCUUUCCGCCGACGGCGGUGGUGACGACCACGACGAUGAAUUGGAACUCGUUGAUGUUUGCUAUUAUUGUUGUUGUGGCGUUAGUAUAUUAUUUGUUGAAGGCGAGGCAUGAGUACGUUGGGCCUGUUAUGUUGGUGAAGCGUGAUAGCUAG